ACAAGUACUCUCUUUUUUCCUGUGUUUAGGAAAGUGAAAGUGAGGAUGAUGGUCUUGACAUGGGUGAUGAUGAUGAUGUUAAGGAACCUGAAAAUGAACCAGAGACUGUUAGGAAAGAACCAACCAUUGAGAAACCUACUCCUGUUUCAGCACCACCUAAAGAUGCUGAAAGGCAACUGUCAAAGAAGGAGCUUAAGAAAAAGGAAAUGGCAGAGUUGGAUGCACUUCUACAUGAAAUGGGCAUUGCAAAUAAAGAUAGUAAUACUGCACAAAAUGAGACAACUGACAAGAAGCAACUGGAGCAAAGUAGUGAAGGGGAGAAGAAAGAAAGUGUUGGUGCUCCUUCAGAGAAAGGAGACAUUGAAGCUGAAGUGGCAGAUGCAUCUGCAGUUGACGUAAAGGAAAGGAUAAAGAAGGUGGCCUCCAUGAGGAAGAAGAAAUCAAGCAAAGAGAUGGAUGCCGAAUAGUUGAAUAAAAGGACUUCUUACUUAAGCAGUAGGUUAAUUGGUACCUCAACUGGCCAAUUGUAAGAAGAAUAUUUGUGUAAUUUGUGGAUACGGAUUUAAUGUGUACAAUACCUAUUAUCUUUUUAAAUUGUAAGAAUAAUAUUUGUGCUGGUUA